GGCAGUGCACAGGCGGGGUGCGCCCAGGUGAGCGAGCCACCGCCCCCCAGCGCCCCUGCUCCCGCCCCUGCUCCCAGCCCCUGUGCCAGCCUCUCCGUUUGCCCCUUGGCAGCGCAGGCUCCGCGGCCGACUGCAUCGCGGCGGGCUAGACCCGGUGCGGCUCCGGCUCCAUCUUGGCCCCGGGCACCUGUGGCGGCUGCAGGAGCAGAGCUUCCGCCGGCCCGUGCGGCCCUGGCGGCGACAGGGCAGCCAUGAGUUUGAGGCACCCUGAACCAGGUGCCCGGGAACCGCAGAGCCCCCGCCCACAGCCCCUGUCCCAGAGUUCUUCCAGCUUGCUGUGUGAAGGUCGGGAGCAGAAGCCAGAGCUGCGCAAGAGUGCCAGCAGCACUGUGUGGCAGGCACAGCAGGGUGAGGCCAGCACUAGUCCCCGGACCCUGGAGGACGACGGGUGCCAGGCUGAGAGGGUGGAGCAAGCACAGACCCGAAGCCCUCGGUCCCAGCCUGGUGCUGCAGGCCACUGGAGGAGCAGCACUGUUGGCAAUGUGUCUGCCAUGGGCAUUGGUGACCUGUGUCGCCUACAGGCCCCCAGCAUGGCAGCUGUGCAGAGGAGCCACUCAGACUUGGUCCACAGUGCCCAGACCCGGGGUCACAGCAGUGUUCAGAAGGCCAGCCUCAGCUGUUCCGCCCUUGGCAGCUCACCUGUCCACAGGGCUCAGCUGCAGCCUGGCAGUGUUGCUGGCCAAGGUGGCCAGACCCGUGAAGUCCUGCAAAGUGACCCAGCUCCAGAGGAUGGGACUGCUAGAUCAGCCUGCUUGUUGGGGGAGAGUCAGGUAUGGGUACCAACUGUAGAACUGGAAGGUACAGCUGGACUCAUCCGCAGUCCCCAGGGUGGACCCAAAGGUACUGGACAGCCAUCUACCACUCCCUGCCAUGCUGUGCCCCCGGCAGCUCUGCUCUGCACCAUGAGGGAGGCUGCAGCUGGUGGCUGCUGCCAUGCCUUGCCUGCCGCAGGCAUCCUGGCCUUUCCCAAAUUGGUGGCAUCAGUGAGUGAAUCUGGGUUGCAGGCUCCGUGUGGGGUGAAAUUCCACUGUAAAUUGCCUGGUGGGAUCUCUGGGCACCCCCACUGCUGUGUCCACCCGUGGGGUCCUGCAGGGCUAGCCACAGAGUCUGGCUCCAGGACCAAAGAUGUGUGGACCAUGACCUCAGCCACUGAUUUGGCCCUGGGCGUGGCAUCAGCCCAGGAUGCUGGGGUUCAGGCAGCUCCAGUGGCAGCCUGCAAGGCUGUGGCUACCAGCCCAUCCCUGGAAGCCCCCGAGACUAUGAACAUAUUCCCAGAGGUAAUGCUGGGGUCCAGCCUGGAAGAGGCAUCAUCGCCUGUGAGGGAUGUGCGAUGGGAUGCCGAGGGCAUGACAUGGGAGGUGUAUGGAGCCUCAGUUGACCCCGAGGUGCUUGGUAUUGCCAUCCAGAAGCACCUGGAGAUGCAGUUUGAGCAGCUGCAGCAGGCACCGGCCAGUGAGGACGGCCUGUCUACGGAGGGCCGGAGGGGCCCUCUGCGGGCUGUCAUGCAGUCGCUGCGCCGCCCCAGCUGCUGUGGCUGCUCCGGAGCAGCUCCAGAAUGAAUUGCUGUGACCCUGAGGCUGGCCGUGACUUGAGGCACAGCAGCGACUCCAUGUCACCAGGAGCCACCCUCUCACUUGAACUCCAGCCUGGGGCUCGCGGUUCCACGCAGCUGGGCUAUCCUUUAAGGGCUUUAUUCCCAAGACUCACUUCUCCGUCCGUCCUGGGCUCUGAACUUUGGGACAGGGGUUUUGCACUGCACAUAGUGAAGUCUUGAGUUCUUUCCUGUGAAAAUACUUAACCUUUUGUUUAGGCUGCCCACAGACCUUUGCUGUUGCUCCGCUGGGACUCUUGGUGGCUUUAUUUUUAAUAGCACUGCUAGGAAAUAAUGAGUUCUUGAAUUACACAGGAGGCCCGGGUGGCAGGGUUCCUCAGUCUUCGGAGAACUGACAUUGCGAGAGGCCUCCUGCAUACCAUCUACUGUGCUGUCACCUAACCUUGGUGAGGUUUUUACCUCUUUCCCACACUUUCCAGAUAUCACAGCUGAAGUUCAGCAAGGAUCUAGCUGACGAGCCCUGACGUAGGCAGUUUGAUAUAGUAUGAAAGGCCUGUUUGUGCUAGGAAUGCCCUAGCAUGGGCUGUGCAGUGGGGGCCAGUUGAUUUGGGUGGGGAGAGGGGGUUUGGUGCCUGCUUUAUUACUCAAGGGCUUCUCAAGGCCCAGGAGGCUUGUGGCAGUCUGUUGAAGAUCUAGACUUCUGGGAUAGAGCCCGUCAAGUCCUACAUGUGAAAUAGCUCCAGGCUUAGGUAGACUCAGGACUUCAGGCCUGGCCGUGUUCCUAUAGGAUUGUACUAUAAUAGGUUGUUCAAGGGAAGCUCAGGUCACUUCUGGGACCCCAGGGUGUGAAAGAUGGCUUAUCUACCCCAUCAGUAAGGUCCUGCUGCUCGCUGAAGUAGGGAAACAGUAAUAAAGGCCAUUGGUUUGGUGCAGGAAAUGGCAUGUCAGUGGGUCAAGAAACAAGGUGAGAUAGAUUGGCUUCAGGUGAGAAGCCUCAUGAUAAGGUAGUCUUACUGGUACUACGCCUUUCCCAGGAAUCAAGCACAUACCUCAGAGGCCUGAGCAUGUCUGAAUAUUUGUGUGAUACAAGGCGAGUACCUUGGGCUCUGGUACAUGGCAUAUGGUCACCUUGUGUUCUUUAUACAUGGGUACUGGCAGCCCAGCCUUGGAGCCUGAAUAGGAGUAAGCAAAUGGCUAUGGAGACAUGGGUCAAUGGCACCUCCACACAGGCCUGCAGCUGAGAAGUCUAUUGACACAGAGGGCCUGGGCAGGUGGGUGGAGUGGGGACAGCUUGGAGAUGUCUGUCCCGCCAGAACACAGUAAAGCAUUGUUGGUCAGGUGCCGUCGGGUGUUCAUCAGCUAGGAGGCUGGCUUGGUUGCCUGUGGCAAGCAUUAUGGGAUCUGCAGAAGGCGGGGUAGGGUCCCACACCCAUGUGUGCCAUCUGUUCUGUGAGAAGGAAGUCAAGGAGGCUGAGAUCCGUUCAUUCGGGGCGGGAGGACAAUGAGGCCACUUUCUGGGACAAGGAAGGGUGGUGGGCAGUCUCUGGAGAGCCAUGUGAAGGGCAGUACACCACAGGGCUGUUAACAGUGAGACCUGCUUCACAAAGACCUUUGCUACAUGUAGAUCUCAAGUCCAUUGUUGGGCAUACUGUGCCAACUUGCAUUUCCCAUGCUGCACUUGGUACCCAGAUGAAAGCCAGGCUGGGCCCACUGUCAGUCAGGAUAGACCAGCCACCCACCCACUUAGCUUUAUCCUAACUGAUAAAUAUUUGUGUGAUGGUGCUAGAACCCAGCCCAGCCUAUGUGUUGUUGGGCCCCUGAAACACCCACUAGCUGAACUGUGUAGCCUCUGUUCUCAGGUCUACCUGUGGCACCUGUGACUUAAUUUCCGACCUAGACCCAUUCCUACUCUCUAUCAGGACUCCUCCUGGGUGAGGCCUGAUUUGGCACUGGGCCAGGGGCUGUUGAACAUGGUCACUGACUUUCCUUUUAGACUUCUGCUCUUAGCCUCUCUCUAGCUGGACCUUUGGAGCUCCUUUGGGAGAUGGUAGAUCUCAUAGUCUUUGUCUUAUUUUAAAUUAAAAAUAAGUAUAAGUUGAGAGAUCAGAGCUUUGACAGGCCUUGGCAGAAAGGGGGCAUUGAGCAGGGCUAGUCUUCUUUCCUUGGUCCUGGUAAAUUCUGUCCUCUGAGGCAUAAACCUCAAAGGACAGAAGUUCAAGGUGUUCAUGUCCUGGCAGAUUCCUCCCUCUGGCUUCUGGGGCCACCCUCUCUGUCUAUUCGCUCUCCUUCUUAGGCCCCUUGGGCCCUGGACAGCUGACGUCUGGCUUUCUGGAGCUUACUCUCUCCCCCCCGCCCCCCAGGACUGCCUUUCUGUGGGCAACACAGGAGUACGUGCCAUGUCCAGGCUGCCAUCUCUUAGGGCACCUCUUCAAAUGCAGGCUCUUUACCUCCUGGCAGUCACAGUGCUAGGGAGGGUGGGAAGCAGAGAAGAGUCUCUUUCACUGGGAUGUCACUUGUUUGGGUCCCUGUCCCCUGCACAUGUUAGAUUAUUAUUUGAUAGUGGCUGAAGUGGACCCUCCCCAUGUAGGUCCUAAUGCUCUGGGUUUGGGGUAGGCCACCUUAGCCUACAGGUCCAGAGCUGGGGAUUGAAUUCUGGCUUCACAUUGGUGUUCAGAAAAUCUUGGCAAGACACCAGGCUUUAAAACUGGAAACUUUGUCUCUAAAGCGGGGCAGAAGCAGUGCUGCGGUUCUGGCUUGUGAGAAUGAAGUUUCAUAAACAUGUAAAGCACCUGGCUCCAGUUAGUUCUGGGCUCGCUAACUGGCUGCCCAGUGUUUCAUGGCCACAAGACAGGGCUAAUAGCUCCUCCCUGUCUGCUUGGCUGCCACCAUAGUCCAGAUUGCAUUCAAUUAAAGUUCCUCCUUCAGAGCCUCAUCCUGGGUUCUUUAUCCCCAGUAUGGUGCCCUGUAUAGGACAUCUAACUUAUGCCUGGAAGACUCUGAAAUCAUAGUUCCUAGAGCCACACAGAGGCAGAGAUCCCCUCCCUGCUAGUCUGCUGAGGGGAGGAAAACAAGGUAGGGAAGGACAGAAGCCAAGCAAGAAUGUGACAUGAGGAUGUCUAGACUCCAUGGCAGAGCUCUGGGUCUCCCAGGGAGGACAAUAGACCCCAGGGCUUUUGCUCUUGGGCAUGCAGGCUUAAACAGUCCAGGAGCCUUGGGGUAGGCCUCUGUAUUGAGCCCCAGCAUUCAUUUGUGCUUGCAUCUGCUCACCACCUAGUACAUAUAGCCUGUGGUCCACACACUGCCUAGACCUUUCCUCUGGAUACUAUUUAGAAGCAAUUCUGCCGCACUGUAGGACCUGCCAGGUGACCUUGAUUAAAGGUGAAGCUUGGCAUCUGUCCAUGUUGAAUUCCUUCUCAUUUGUCAUUCUGGCCUGGCCCAGUUUUGUCAUCUGAAGCUAUGACUAGUCCUUCAUGAGUUCUCAUCCAACUUGUCAGGCAGGGCAGGGCCCCUGUGGAGUCUGAAGUGUGGCACUGGAUUACUCCUUUUCAUGGAAUUCCCCCAACUUCUCCCCCAGAUCCCCCUCCCCCCUAUGCACACAAACAUCACGAGGGAGUCAUUCAAAGCAUUGUUAAAAUCAGCAUCACCUAAAUUCAGUCCCAGGACCCUCUUCUUCAACACAGAAGGAGGCAGCUCAGCCUCUUCCCUCAUCUUACCUGCUUCUCUUUGACAUGCUGUUUUAGAAGUUUGGGAUCAGCAAGCUAAGCUUUGCUUACUCUGCCUUUGGGGAACAGAGGCCAGCUCCACCCUUAGCCUUAGCAUACCUCCUGCUUAGCCUUGGUCCCCUAAAGCUGCUGUUCCUAGCACAUGGUUCCUGACCUGAUAGUUUCCUGGAGGUGACCCCGAGGUUCAGAAAGGAGCCUCCUUAGUAUCUGUCCUUUAGAAACGUCCUCCUUAGAAACACCCUGUAGUUUGCUCACCAAUUCUAGGGACUCCCUAGAAGGACCCAGGGAAGCAUGCUGCCAUGUAGACUGUGGACUUGGGAUUGGGUGCUGGCCUUGUGGUCACCGAGAGGUAAGGGCACCUGGAAAAGUUGAAGAUGUUAGAGAACUAAGCAAAACCAAAGUGGCAUCAGAUUGAGGCAGAUGGGAGUGUCUGACUCUUACUGCAAGAGCUGGGCAUGCAUCACCUCUGGUCUCCUUGAGCAGUGACGCUGCAGGAUUCAUGCUGAGUCAUGGGCCACCCUCCCCCUUGCUGACAGCCAGAGACAGUGCAGCAGGGAGGCCAGUCUGGGCCCUGUAGCUCUUCAGACAGAUAUCCUAAAAUCCAUCAUUUUAUUAGGUGGGGGAGGGGGGAUGUGAAUUGGGGGCUUGAAGCUUGGGCUGUGAAGUGUGUUCAAUUUUAAGGUGCCCACUGACUUGCCUAGUCUGCCCUGGCUGGGGACUUUUCGUUUCAUAUAAAUUUUUUUUUCUGGAAAAAGUACGGUGCUUUUUUUUUUUUUUUUUUUUUUUUUUUUUUUGCAUCAUGUCUGUGCAGCCAAGGGCAAGCUGGCCUCCUACCCUCUCCCUAGAUGUUCUUUGUUCUUUCUCUGGCAUCUCUUCCUCUUUUCUGUCUCAAUUUCUCUUGUCCCUAGAACGCUUUGUCUCCUCACUGCCCCAAUAUCCUUGUUCCUGGAGCCUCCUUCAGUUUAUGUCAGGAGUCUGUCUUGCGUUGGCCCUGUCAACCCAAACCUUCGUUUUUCUCUUCCGUGGUCUGGAAUAUUUCCCCUAGGCCAUGGCUUAGUCUAGGUCUCAGUGUCCUUACUUUUUGGUGGUGGUGGUGGUGGUGGUGGUGGUUGUGGUGGUGGCUAGGCCCUUCCUCUCUUCCUAUUUUGGACAUACACUAAAAGACCCAGUUUACAAAACAGUUUCCCAGAAGAUCCUCAGGCAGGGAGGCUCAUGGGGGACCUCCAUUUGAAGGAGAAGAAAUUGUCAGUGGUCCUGCUGGUAAAUGCAAGGCCUGAGGUCAGACUAGAAGGGCAUCCGGUGAGUUCUAGGUUUGGUGGGCACACUUGUGGGCUUAAGGUGGGCCACCUCUUCUUUUAUGUGCUCAGAAUCUUGCUUGGCUUGUAAUUAGCGCCAGGUAUGGCUUGAGCCUCUUUGUGGGGUGGGCACAGCCACACUGUCCUGUCCUUGUGCUUCUCCUGUGUGGAAUGGGGCUCAUAUCCAGGAAGUCAGUUCUAGAGACUGGGCCAGAAGAUUUCUGAUUUUGACACCAACUGCCUAUACCCCUCCUAGCCCUGAGCAAGGCUGAAGCAGGGAGCCUCCGUAGGGAUGGAACUUUCCGCUUGCUCCCCCAGAGCUACCCUGGGGUGCUGGUGCCCAGGAGGAAAGAGAACUGUCCUCUCACUCCCUACCCCUUCUGUCCUCCUGCCUCCGUGCUCCCACCCCCACUGUAGCUGUCUGCCCCGUUCCCUCUUUUCUUUGCUCAGUUUUAAACAAAGGUCUGGGAAGACAAUGGUCAAGAAUGACAUUUUGUAGGUAAGCUUCCUGGACGCGUUACUUUGGAAGAGUUUCUGUUUUUCUUAGCGCAGGACUGGGGUUCUGAAGGAGGGGAGAGGUUUCUUGUGUGGGUUCCCAUUCCUAAACUCACUGUUCACGGCCCAUUCUUCUUGAGGUGGACUCUCCUUUGGGCAGGGCAGGAAGGAGUGUGGUCACAAGUCACGGGCUGGGAAUAGUGCAGAGCAUUGCUGGAGCUUAAGUCAGCAAGGAGGGUCCCGCUUUAUUGGAGAUAUUUUUUCAUUAGUCCUGGUUUUAAGAUGUUAUAGUAAAACAUCAUUUGUCUUAAUUACAAAGUCUUUUGGCAUGGUCGUACAGUUGGUUCCUAGCCACUGCCUGGUCCGGGGUCGUGAGUUCCCUCCCGCUCUGGAACUGGGGCUUAGGGUAGAAGAUGCUUUCCCAGUACACACGGCAGCUGCUCCACAGCAGAGGGACCAGGUGCCCCCUAGUGGGAAGGUGGGGCACAGCAUGAGCGCCACCUACUGGGUGGAGCCCCUAGUGGGAGGAGGGAAGUAUUCACUGUUCAGUUUCACCUGAAGGGUGAGCUAGCUCCCCUGGCCAUCUGGGCAGGCAGUCAUUUUCACUGCUAUGUCCAUUUCUAACACUUUACUCCCUUCCUGUGGGGCUCUGGUUCCUCCUGGGCCACAGGUGGAGGAUGCAGAGAAGACAAAGAUAGGAAAGGCAGAGCCAGAGCAGCAGCACAAGACUGUUCUCCUUAAACCUUCCACUCCGGAUGGGCUCUGUGUGUGAGGGUCUGGAUGGGAACCUGGGCCCUCCUACCUAUCCUGUGGCUGUGUAGACCCAAAUUUGGUUUACCAAAUAAAGACAUCCUAUGGUGAUGAGGAGGGCUAAUAUUAUCCCUUUAAAGGGAUGAGGUACUUGUCUCUCCCAGAAGCCCCUCCCCUCCGUGCUUACCUUCGUCUCUCAACUUUCAACCAUUUCAUGCCUCAGAUAUGCUUGGCUGUCUCACCCAAGAAGGUCUCCCUGGGCCUGAGGGAAAGGAGUGGCUGGUCAGGACUAUCCCUGUUCUGGGCAUGUCUGGCAGAAGAGACCAGAGGGAGGGGGAUGGGAGUAGGCUGGACCAGAAGGUGAGCCAAUACUGGCGGUGACUGGCAGAGCUGCACUGGGCCCGAAGCUCCUUGUGGGGAGGCAGCAUCUCUACCAGGAGACCAGGCUGGCCGGGGAUCAAAGUGUAAUGGGAGCCUGGAGAGGGCCUGGAGAGAGCCUGCUUCUUACAGAGGGAUUUCACGGAGGAAGUAGGGCUGAGGGCUGUGCAUGGGUGUGCAAGAGAGGGAGAAUGUGAGCAGGUGCCCUGGCUUCUCUGCCUAAGUGUGGGCAGGGGGUGGCUGUCCAGACAAGCGUUCCUCUCACUCCAGUUCUUAUGGGCAUCUUGGAGGUGCUGUCUUAGGAGCUCUUGGCUUCGAGUAACCGAAUUGUGAACUGAAAGUUACCUUGAUGCUAAGGAUGUUUCCUUUUCACUUAAGAAUUCAGGAGGUCUCUGGUUCCAGGGUUGGUUCUGUGGCUCAACACAGAUAUCAAGGAGUCAAGUUCCUUCCAGGUAUCUCCUCUACCAUCUUUAGGGUCUUGGUGAGGGCUGACCUCACGGUCACAUGAUAGCUGCUGCACCUCGAAGCACCACACUCCCAUCCAAAUCUUCCACAAGAAGAUAUUGGUGCAUACAGUAACAGAUUGAAAAUUGGGUUCUUAGUUGCAUUCAUAAAAUGAUUUGAGAAUGGACUAUGGAGGAAAUUUGGGGACAGUUUCAUUAGAAUUUUCGAGGAGGGGAAAACAAUGGCAGGCACGCUAUAAGUCUGUGCAGUUGCCAGGAGGAGGGAGAUGGAGAAGAGUUUAAGAGUUGCUGCGUGAUGGACAUUCCUUAGGCCUCUGCACUGAGGGGAGGGUUUCUGGGAGGGACAAGUAGCUAAUGUCUUUAAAGGGAUAUUAUUAGCCUUCUCAUCACCAUAGGAUGUCUUCAGGUAAACCAAAUUUGGGAAGGGAAAGUUGGCACGGGUUGGUGUCCUGGCCAGGUGAUUGACAGGCCCCGCUGCAUUAACUCUUACAAGGAGGAGACAGUACUGUACAAUGUUGGUCUCUUGUCUUCUGACCUGGUAACCGGUGGUCUCUUUAUGACAUCCGUGGCUUUGAGCUUUCCAGAAUGUCAUCUAGUGGGACUCCUGUGGCGUACGGCCUUUUCAGACUGGCUUCUCUGGAGUUGUUAAGCUUCUCCUGUGUCUGUGGCUUGUGUGUUUAAGGCUGUGAUCCAGCUGCUUCGAGGCCACCUUGGGACAGCAGCUCCCUUCACAGAUGCUGACUGGGACCCUACAGAGACAAUGAUCUGUGAGCCCCUAGUUAAAGGACUUCCUAGUGCCAGGCUCUCUCAUCUGGGAAGUGAGUUCAUACCAAAGGGGCACUGGCUGGCCACAUAUCCUCCUCCCACCUGCUUCCCUCCCUCUUGCCCGGGCAUCAGAGAACCUGGCUGCAGGCUUGUGCUGUGAAACCUUCCCGUCCUCAUAAACAAUCUCUUCUCUCUCUGAUUUUGAUUUCUCUUCUCCUUGGCUGUCCUGGACUCACUUUGUAGAUGAGGCUGGCCUCGAACUCACAGAGAUCCACCUGCCUCUGCCUCCCCAAGUGCUGCAAUCAUAGGUGUGCACCCCUGGGCCCAGCAACAAACUCUGAUUUUUGUUGUGUGGGCUCUCAUUACUCCCUUCAGAGACCGUGCCAUGCCACCUCUCUUUUGUGCUGGGCCUGAGCUCUCCUUGGAGCCUCCAUGGUGGCUGUUGCCUCUCUGUCUGUCUGUCCAUGCAUUAAUAACUUUUAUCAUAAACUCUGUACUCCCCAGUAACCUGUCUCAGUGUCCUUCCUGCAGCCCCCUCUGCAAUCUUUCAAUUUGCCCACUUCUUUUUAGUGCUGACUAGAAUUCCAUUAUAUGGAUGUCCCAGAGUUUGUCCAUCCUGCUGAAGGAUGUCUUGUUUGCUGCAUGUCUGGACUUUGUAAGUUAAGUUUCUAAUAAACAUCAUCAUAUGGAUGCAACAAAAGUCCAGCUCCGUUGGUAAAUGCUCAUGGGCACAAUGCUGGAUUGAGCACUAAGAGCAGGCUCUGGCACUGGAAGGAACUCCGAUCCAAAGCUGUCUCUCACGGCAGCCGCCCAAACUUGUAUUCCCACCUGCAAAGUAUGAGAGGCUUACUUCUCAUCUCUUUAUCCUUAGUUAUCACACAGCUACGUAAAGUGAGUAUCACUGUGUACAGAGUUCUAUGGGUAUGUGUGAGACUACCUGCAGAGUAACUUUUCCAUCAAAUGACACAUCAGCACAUUACUUUUCAAAAAAAUUUUUGUGUGCAGUACCUGAAAAUGCUCAUUUUCACACCCACAUUUGACUGUGUGCUAACCAACUUUAAUAUUUUGGCAGUUUGACAAGGGAGAAAAGGAUGUUUUGUGCAAGGUUUUCACUGUGAGUGAGGGAGGUGGUAUUCUGUCUGACUGUCUGAACAAGGCACUUUUCUGGUGGCUCUCAAGGUGUGCAGUGGUGGGUAAGUGACUGAAUGUCUCUGGACUUCAGUCCUUCCACCUGUAAAGCGAAGAUGGCAACGGCCCUUGCAUUGUUAAAUGGACUUGAGGACACAAAGGUAUCUGUCAUGUAAAAUGUUAACACAUCCCUGUCUCUAAGUAAGUGGUAAGGUGAUGAAUAUGAUCACGUAAUAUGUUUGUGAAAAUUUGGGUUUCUUGGCUUAUGAUCUGGCAGUUCAUAAUAAUUUCUCAUUUUCUCUGGAUUCUUCUUUUGCAUAUUGAUUAGAGCUCUUUGUAUUUUAAUAAAUUUCAUAUA